GAGAGAGGAAACGAGGGUGAUUAGCUUUUAUUUUAAAUCACCCAAAAACUGUCCCAUUUCACCACCUCUUUUUUGGUAAUUAGAGAAAGGCCUCCCCCCACAAAAAAAGUGGUGGGCAAAAAAGUAGUUUUUGUACACAAUGGUGAUGGUGGUGAUGAUGACCAUAAUUGAUGCUUCUCUCCAAUCUUGUACUCAACCAACACCAACAACAAACAUAGAAUCCUUCAUUCUCUCUCUCUCUCUCUCUCAUAUCAACCAACUAGAAUAAAAGACACCCCACACACAACCACAUUUUGUUAAUAUCAUUCAAAUUUCUUGAUUUGAAAACACCCACAUAAAGAAACACCAAUUUGAGUGAUAUAAAGAGAAUGGAUAGUGCUUAAAAUCAUCCUUUUUUCAUAUGAUUUCAAGAUUUUUUGAACUAUAAACACCGAACAAGAUUAGAGGAAUCCAAAUCUUGAUCUUUGCUCAUAUGAUCUCAAGAUUUCUUGAAUCAUGAAAACCCACAUGAAAAAAGAUUAAUACCAACAAUUCUAUCCAUCAUGGAGAUCACGUGCGGGUGUUGGUCAGUUUUGCGGCGCAGUGUAAGCAGUGGCUCUUGUAAACCUUCUGCUGAAUCAAGAUCAAACUCCCUCACUUCUUUCCCUAGAAACAGUCUUGUUUAUGAUGCUGCUACAGAGACCAGGUACUUGAAUGCCAGCAACCGCGAGAUGUGUGCUCCUAACGAACCACGAAGCUCUUCUGAUCUGAACCCAAAUCAUCUUCUUCAGUUCAGUUUUCAUGAGCUGAAAUCGGCUACAGGAAACUUCAGACCGGAUAGCAUAUUGGGUGAAGGAGGAUUCGGAUUCGUGUUUAAAGGAUGGAUUGAUGAAAAUGGCACCGCCCCGGCUAAGCCUGGGUCCGGUAUCACGGUUGCAGUCAAGAGUUUAAAGCCUGAUGGUCUUCAAGGCCAUAGAGAAUGGGUGGCAGAAGUUGAUUUUCUUGGGCAGCUUCAUCAUCCCCAUCUUGUUAAGCUUAUUGGAUAUUGCAUCGAAGACGAUCAACGGCUACUCGUUUACGAGUUCAUGACUCGUGGAAGCCUCGAAAACCAUUUGUUUAGAAGAACCAUACCGCUACCAUGGUCUAACCGGAUAAAAAUAGCGACCGGUGCAGCCAAAGGGCUAGCGUUUCUUCAUGGAGGAACCGAGCCUAUUAUUUAUCGAGAUUUCAAGACCUCGAAUAUCUUGCUUGAUACGGAAUAUAACGCGAAGCUUUCAGAUUUUGGUCUAGCAAAAGCAGGACCACAAGGAGAUAAGACCCAUGUCUCUACUAGGGUCGUUGGAACAUACGGCUAUGCUGCCCCCGAAUACGUGAUGACUGGACAUUUGACGUCUAAGAGCGAUGUUUAUAGCUUUGGAGUUGUACUCUUAGAGAUCUUGACAGGUCGGAGAUCAAUGGACAAAAAGCGCCCAAGUGGAGAGCAAAACCUUGUUAUGUGGGCCCGCCCAUAUCUAGCCGACAAGAGAAAAGUGUAUCAACUAGUUGAUCCUCGAUUGGAAUUAAACUACUCCGUGAAAGGUGUCCAAAAGGUUGCUCAGAUAGCAUACAAUUGUUUGAGCCGGGAUUCAAAGGCCAGACCCUCGAUGGAUGAAGUUGUUAAAUCCCUGAGCCCAUUGCAUGACCUAAAUGACUUUGCCAUUUUGUCUUAUCAUGCUCGUAUGUCACAACAAGGUAGGCGUAAAAAGAAACAACCCGAAGGGACUCGAAAUGUUACUCUGAAUCAACCCAAACGGUUUAACGAGUCUCCCUCGGGUAGACAACAUUGUAAAUAGAAAAUACAUGUUCUAUUUAGUUUGAGAAGAUAAUUAUUCGAAUUUGGAUAUGUUUGUGGUGUAUUUUUUUUGGGGUGUUAAAUAUAUUACAGAAGUUAUUUAUAUGUCUGCA